AUGUCAGCCUCCGCCCUCCUAAAAAGCCGUGUCCGGCGACCCUCUUACCUCAAGAAGCUGGCCAAGGCCGAGGACUUGAUUGACCUCUUCCCCCAUGGAUCGUACAUCGGCUGGUCCGGAUUCACGGGUGUUGGAUAUCCCAAAAAAGUCCCCACGGCUCUGGCCGACCACGUCGAGAAGAACAACCUCCAGGGCAAGUUGAAAUACAGCCUGUUCGUGGGCGCCUCGUCUGGCGCCGAGACGGAGAACCGGUGGGCGCGGUUGAACAUGAUCGAGCGGCGGAGUCCCCAUCAGGUCGGCAAGGAGAUCGCAAGGGGUAUCAACACCGGGGAUAUUAAGUUCUUCGAUAAGCAUCUGAGCAUGUUUCCUUCGGAUUUGGUUUAUGGCUGGUACACACUCAACAAGCCCAAGAACCGGCUUGACGUGGCCGUCAUCGAGGCCUCGGCCAUCACGGAGGACGGCGGCAUCAUCCCCGGUGCCUCGGUGGGCGCCUCCCCUGAGUUCGUCCAGAUGGCCGACAAGAUCAUCAUCGAGGUCAACACGGCCAGCCCCUCGUUCGAGGGUCUGCACGACAUCGUCAUGUCGGACAAGCCCCCACUCCGCAAGCCCUACCUGAUCAUGCAGCCCGAGGACCGCAUUGGCACCCCGCACAUCCCCGUCGACCCGGAGAAGGUCGUCGCCAUCGUCGAGUCCGACUACCCGGACCAGACGCAGCCCAACGCCCCCGAGGACGCCGGCUCGCAGGCCAUCGCCAGCAACCUGAUUGAGUUCCUCAAGCACGAGGUCAAGCACGGCCGCCUGCCCCAGAACCUGCUCCCGAUCCAGUCGGGCAUUGGCAACAUCGCCAACGCGGUCAUCGGCGGCCUCAGCAAGGGCGGCGCGGACUUCACCAACCUGAAGGUGUGGACCGAGGUGCUCCAGGACUCGUUCCUGGACUUGUUCGACAGUGGCAACCUCGACUUCGCCACCGCGACCUCCAUCCGCUUCUCGCCCGACGGCUUCAAGCGCUUCUACGACAACUGGGAGCGGUACGCGGGCAAGCUCCUCCUCCGCCCGCAGCAGGUCUCCAACUCGCCUGAGAUCAUCAGACGGCUGGGCUGCAUCGGCAUGAACACCCCCGUCGAGGUGGACAUCUACGCCCACGCCAACAGCACCUGCGUGAUGGGCUCGCGCAUGCUGAACGGCCUCGGCGGCUCGGCCGACUUCCUGCGCUCCAGCAAGUACAGUAUCAUGCACACCCCCAGUACCCGGCCCAGCAAGGUGGACCCCACCGGUGUCAGCUGCAUCGUCCCCUUCUGUACCCACAUCGACCAGACGGAGCAUGAUCUGGAUGUUGUCGUCACCGAGCAGGGUCUCGCCGACGUCCGCGGCCUCUCCCCCCGCGAGCGCGCCCGCGUCAUCAUCGACAAGUGCUCCCACCCGGACUACAAGCCCAUCCUCACCGAUUACCUGGACCGGGCCGAGUUCGAGUGCCUCAAGAAGGGCAUGGCGCACGAGCCCCACCUGCUCUUCCAGGCGUUCAAGAUGCACCAGAAUCUGCAGGAGAAGGGCACGAUGAAGAUCAACUCUUGGGAGUAA